AUGUCGCAAGAACAUAAUAUUAAAAGAAACGCAAGAGGAGGAAAUAGUAAAAAAAAUAAUCAGAACUGCUUUAAAUGUGGAUUACCAGGCCAUUUUUCACGUGAUUGCACUAGUGGAGGUUCACGAAAACCUCAAGAGACGUCUAUCAAACCUAGUCCACAUCAAAUAGAGGAAAAUCAGUAUAAAACUUUGUCAAAUACCUUUAAUUCUGCAGAAUUGUCUUAUGGUGGGUCUGAUAAAAUCGUUUUUACCCCACCAGGAGAUGGGCUUAAAGGUGCAUGGAAAAGAUUUGUAAAGAAAGAAUUAACACACCAACAUAAAAUGAGACACUUUAUCACAUCAUGCCUUAUAGCAGCAGACAAGCCGACGAGUUAUGAGGUUGAAGAACUUGUAACAGAAUUAGGACAGUCUGAAGCCAAGAAUUUAUGGCAAAAUUCUCUUCAACAAGAAAUUGGAUGUACAUAUAAUGAACCACUUGCUUCUAAUGUUGUGCUUAGGAAAUAUUUUUUCACCGUUCUUGAUAAGGAAAUGAACAGCAUGAACAAAAUGUUGAAUUAUAGCCAACGUAACUUAUCGUCUCAAAAAAUUAACACAAUUUCACCCAUAAAUCCUAAUAAGCCUGUCACAUAUUAUGGAAAAAUGGCUAAAAAAGUUGCUUUAUUGAUAAAUUACGAUCCUCCGGGUGAACUUUCUGAAAAUGGACCACGUCAUGAUAAUGAUUUCAGUGAAAUAUCAAAAAUUUCAAUUAUUCCAACUAAGAAUGAGGUGUUAUGCGAUCGAGAUCCAUUUUUACCUACAACAAAUAUGGAUGACACUUUGCAUCAUUUACCAAAAGAGCAUGGUGGAAAACACAAGUAUGAUGACAAAGGAGACAUGGAUGGUGGCGACUUAAAUGUAUAUGCCAAUGUUCACUUUUCUGAAAUAAAUGUCGAUCUAAGGCGAGGUUUUUCUUGCCGAAUGGGUUUCACACAACCCAAAAUGCGGCGUAAUUUGGAUAGUAAACAAGCAUUGGUUGAUAUUAAUUUUAUUGAUAGUCUGGUUUAUCAAAUUGCUUUGAAAGAAAUAAAGAAACAAAAUUCCGGUAAUUCAAAUGAACAAACGACAGGGUGCUUUAUGGUCGAAUCUAUAGGAACGUCAUAUUUCCAUAUUUUAAAAGCACUUCAAACGACAUUACCAUCAGAUCUUCCUUUCGAAAAAUAUUUGGCGCCACAAAUAAUCGAGAGUUCCUCGUUUGCUGCCGUUGAUCCACCUACAUACGCCCGAGCACCUGAAUUCGAAUUUGAUUUAUCAGUGCUACUUGAAAAUAAAAAUAAACGGCUAUUACUAAACGUUGCUGACACAUCUUCUCAUGAAACUGUUAUUCAAAAACUUCAAGAAUCAAGCAGCCGAUCAAAGUCUGAAACCAUUAUGAAUUUUAGUAUUGAAAAGCUAUGUCCAAAUAUUGCUGCUUCUAAAGCCCAGGGAUAUGAGUUGUAUCAGCAAUAUGAUGAACUUAAGCAAAUUCAGAAAGAUACUAAAAAGAUCCUAAACGCUUUUUCUCAUAGAUGGCUAGAUUGGGAUAAUAUUUCUAGUUAUUUGGUGUCAGAAUAUCUAGAUCAUUGGAACAUGUUUCAGAAUCCAGAUAUACCAAGUUUUUUGCUUGAAACUAAUGAUAAUAAAACAGAAUGGCAGCUAGUAAACAAUAAGAAGCAGCAAGUAAACAAUAAGAAUAAGCGGUCAAACUUUUGCCAAUGGAUUUGUGGGAGUGAUUUAGACCUUGCGCAGAAAUGGACUGACAAUCUUCAAAUCCAAGAAAUUGAACACAAUGUAACAAAUGGCAGUAAUACGUUUGAAUUGCUUAGAUACCUUGACAGAGAAGAAGGACCUUCUACUGAAAAUAAUACAGACAUUGAAAAUACUGAAAAUACUGAGAAUCCUAAUGAAAAUAUUGAGAAUCCUAAUGAAAAUAUUGAGAAUCCUAAUGAAAAUCCUGAGAAUACUAAUGAUAGUUACAUUAGUUACAUACAAAAUUGGCUUCUUUCAUGGGUAAAACCUGAAGGUGAUCGACCCUUGGAAUACCUAAAAACUGAUCCUAAUGUUUGGCAAAUGUCUAUGGCUGAAAGAAUAAAAUUGCACGACUUUUGGAAAGAGAAUAUUCAAUUAGAUUGCCUUGGUGAACUUUCUAGAAUCAAAGAACAACACGAAAAGAAGAAAAAUGAAAUUGAUAAGAUUUACAACGAAAAUCGUCGUCGGUUUCUUCUUAAUUGUGAUGUAAUCGGAAUGACAACAAAUGGAGCAGCAAAAUUUCAAACUUUAAUUAGCUCUAUCGAAGCUGGCGAAGUCUUGGAAGCACAUAUUUUGAGUGCACUAACGUCAAAGACGCAACACAUGAUUCUUAUUGGUGAUCAUAAUCAGGCAAUGCGUUUAGAAAAAUCGCAAUUGCAUACCCAAAGAAGGAUGAGAGGAGAAAUUUCUGAUUUAAUUCGGUAUACACUUUAUAAUGAUCUUGUUGACGAAGAAAAAGUUGUUAAUUAUCCAAACGUGCGCGGUGCCCAGAAAAAUGUUUAUUUUGUGGAUCAUCGCUAUUCUGAAGAUUCUGGAGACAAUGAGUUUGCAAUGAAUUCUCAUUCGAACACCUAUGAAGCUAAGAUGAUAGUAGAAAUUGUUAAGUAUUUUGUUCGCAAUGGUUACGAUAAACCAGGUCAAAUUGCGGUAUUGACACCAUACCUCGGGCAGCUUAUUAAAAUAAGAGAUGUAUUAUCGAAGUCAUUUGUUGUGGUAAUUGACGAACGUGAUGAUCAAUUAAUUACUGAUAUGGAGGAAAGCAUAGAUGAUGAAAAUAAGAACCCAGAUGGAGAGCCAGUGUAUUCUACCAUUGGAGCUACCGCUUCUAGAAAAAAAUUGCAUUCAGAUUUCUGGAGAAAAGUUUUAGAGAUUUUACGCAAACGUGGCCAAGUUGGGCCAGGAUUCCCAAUUGUAUGUGCUCGACAUCCAGAUUAUAAAAAUACCAUAUAUGAGGCCGAACAAUUCAAUGAUGUUUCUCCUAAUGAUGAUCCUCAACACAUUGGAGUUGUUUGCCAAAAACCUUGUACAAGAUUAUUUCCAGAUUGUCAACAUCCUUGCAGGAAUAAAAUAUGCGGAGAAAAUUGCGGUAAUUGUCUUUGGCCAAUUGAAAACAUUACAUUGCCAUGUGGACACGAAUAUAAAAACGCCAAGGUUUGUGAAUAUACAGUAUAA